GCGGACUUCUCGAGGCGCGCGCGCGCUCAACAUGGCGGCGACCCGCUGAUACGUCUUCGACGUGAUGUAGAGUCGAUCGCUUCGUCGAUCGUUCGUAUCUACGAGCCAGCGUGAAAUUCAAGGUCUGCUUCCGGUGCCACGUCCCGAGAAGGGAAGACACCUUUGGAGAGCAGAGGAAGGAGACAAGCGGGAUCUAUGGCGAGCGUCCUGCUGCGAAACACUGCGGGUGUGAGGUUAGGCAGGCACCUGGGGAACAGUCUGAGAAUAGUCGUGAGCCAGGAGAGGCACGCAAUGACGAGCCGGGCGAGGCUGGGAAAGGUUCUCGAGGAGUUGCAGAAGAAUCCCUAUUACGAUAAGUAUGCGGGGAAGAUCGCACAGAUGCAGCGGACCAGCCCGGAGGAAUUUCUGCAGCGCGUCGAACAGCAGGAGAAGAAGGCUUUCGAGAAGAGAGUCGAGCACGUAACAACGCCCAGAUACGAGCCCUCGAGAUUCUCGAUAUUUCCUCAUCUGUUGAAAAACGUACGGCCACCGUGGGGUCAAACGAUCAGGAGACGAUAUGUUCAAGAUCUGUCGCGGAACAAGUGCAUUACCACGCCUAUUUUUUACGUGAACGCUGGUCCGCACAUCGGACAUUUGUACAGCGCGGUUCUGGCCGACGCCGUGGCCCGCUACAACGCCAUGCUGGGUCACAGGACAUUCCUGAUCACCGGCACCGACGAGCACGGCAACAAGAUCAGAGCGGCCGCAGCCGCGGCGGGCGCGCCGAAUCUCGAAUAUUGCACGAAGGUCUCGCGGCAAUUCAGGGAAAUGUGCGAUAGGUUCGAAGUGGAUUACUCGCGUUUCAUUAGAACCACAGAAAAGCAGCACCGUGACGCGGUGCAUCACUUUUGGAAACGAUUGGAGGAAAGGGGACACAUCUAUCUGGGGAAAUACUCGGGAUGGUAUUGCGUGUCGGACGAGGCGUUCCUGUCCGACAUGGAGUUGGCGGAACAGAAAAACCCGAGCGGUGAAACGAUCAAGGUAUCAGCCGAGUCGGGAAAUACAGUGGAGUGGACGGAGGAGGAGAAUUACAAGUUCCGACUUAGCGCCCUUCAAGACGAUCUCAAGCACUGGCUCAAAGAUGAGAAUGUAGUGAGACCAGCAUUGUAUCACAAGAUUUUGUCUGAGUGGGUGGAGGAGGGCACGUGUUUACGAGAUCUGAGCAUCUCUAGAGUCAGGAACAAAGUGCCGUGGGCGAUGCCUUCUCCGUGCGACGAGUCGCACUCGAUUUACGUGUGGAUGGACGCUUUAGUGAACUACUUAACGGCUCUGGGGUACCCGGACGAGUCGUUCAAGGAAUUCUGGCCACCCGCUGUACAAGUGAUCGGGAAAGACAUAUUGAAGUUCCACGGUGUCUAUUGGCCGGCAUUCUUAAUAGCGGCGGGUCUCGAGCCUCCAAGGACACUGCUCUGUCACGCUCAUUGGACCGUGGAUCACCAGAAAAUGUCGAAAUCGAAAGGAAACGUGAUAUCGCCGUUUGAAGCCGCGAAUGAUUACUCGGAGGACGGACUGCGAUAUUUCCUUCUGAGAGAGGCGGUGCCGCAGAACGACGCGAAUUACAGUUCGACGAAAAUUACGAACGUACUGAACUCCGAAUUGGCGGACACGCUGGGCAACCUGGUGAGCCGUUGUGCCGGCAAGACGAUCAACCCGUCGAGGGAGUUCCCCGACCCGGCCAAGUAUUGGAACGUGCUACAGUCUCAGACGGCCGUCGAGACUAAGGAGGCUCUGCGGUCUCUCGGCGAGAGUACGCGCAAGAGCUACGAGGAGUACAACUUGCACCACGUCGUGGACGCGGUGAUGAGCGCGCUCCAUUCCGCGAAUAAGAUGGUGGCACACCACGAGCCCUGGCAGCUGAGAAAGCGGCCCGAUCAUGCGGACUCGAGAGAGCUCAGAGCUGUGAUCUCGCUCGCGCUGGAAAGCAGCAGGAUAGCCGCUCUGAUACUGUAUCCGAUCGCGCCGAGGCUGAGCGGCGGUCUGCUCGAUUUUCUGAACGUCCGGAAGGAGAAUCGCGCGUGGACGGACACCGUGCCUGAGUACUUCAACGGCGGCGGCGGCGCGAAAGAGAGAUGCAUCGAGCGGAACAGCGUAAUAUUGUUUAAGAAAAUUAGAAGUCAAUAAAGGAAAGAAAAAAAAAAAUACCCAGAGUCACUACGGAGCCGGCUUAUCGCGAAUCUGUCGGUCGUAGAAUCGCCCGACGCAAUGAGAGACAUCGAUCGUUCCGUUUGUCGACGGAAUGCGGGAUGGAGGGAAUCGAUAGCAAGUAAGCAAAGAGAGAAAGAUCUAAUAUUCUCAUGUGUAUCUCGAAGUCUCUUACUCUAAUAUAUUUACAGAGAACGGUCAUUCGAAUAUAUCAUUAGUAUACAUCAACAUUGCGCACGAGUCGUGCCGGCGAGAGAGUCCCAUGUUUGUUCUUUCACUCGUUCUUUCGUCCGUUCGCUUUUACGUUCGUUCGUUCGUUCGUUCGUUCGUUCGUUCGUUCGACUGUUCAUUCGUACAGAGAACGUACUUUCCAUUUCCAGUUAGAGUACCUCGGCUCAGACGCAUCGAGUAUCUGCGUCUUUUUAUAUCAUGACUUGGUUUUGAGAAGAAAGCAGGGAGCACACACUGCUGCAUAAUGCAUAACGCGUAAUGAACCAAACAGAAUCCUUUGUUUCUAUCUUCAGGAUGGAAAUGAAGGACUUUGAUUGGCUCAUCCCCUUAUGCGUUAUGCAGAAAUGUGUGCUCCCCGCUUUCUUCUCAGAACCAACAGUCGUAAUACAAAAUUAUGUAGAUACGAUGUGAGCUAAAAUACUCCAACCGGAAGUGAAUGGCAUUAUUGGAGUUCUCUGUAUACUCGGUUUCAACAUGGUUUCAGUAUUUUCUUUUUUUUUUGGAAUGUAGCCGAUGAUCCUAACUUCUGGGAAUUAAUCAAAAACAAAUUCCGUAUGGGAUCAUUGUCUGUGUUUCAAACUGCAUUGAAUGAAAGUGUUCAAACCGUUUUGAAACCAAGUGUACAGCAAACUCCUGUUAACUACCGUUAACAGAGUCAUCUGUACUUUUGUCCGUACGUCCGUUCGACCGAUCGUUCUUACAUGUUUAUGCGACACGCAUUAUUUUCGCACGAUACAACGCAUUCGUGAUGCACGCAGCAGCAGCAGUUCGCAUUCCCUCUGCGCGCCGGAUCGCGGUGCGCUCUGCGUAUCGUAGAUAUAGAUGUAUCAAGGAAGCUCGACGGAUCGCCCGCGAACGCCAGAAAUUGGCCCGUGACUACUUCCUUCCGCUUGGAUAUGUCGUGAUGCAGAAUUGAGUUUUGAGAUUCGACGGGUGGCACCGACGACGACGACGACGAUCGUUAUAUAUCGCGUCGAUGUCCGAGCGCGGCCGCGGAGUCGAGAUCUCGCCGGGUCUCCCGCGAAUAUCACCGCCCGCAUGCGAGAGUCCUUUUUUCGCGGCGCGUCUCUCGUCGCGCGCCCCGUCAAAUAGAAAAAUAAUUAAAUGGCUAUUUACAAGAUGGGAAAUGAAUUUUCUCUUUUUUUUUUCUUCUGUAGACGCGCGGCGUCGCUCUCGCCGCGCGCUGACCUCCUAUUGCUAUUGAAGUUUUCUUCAUUUUCUUUUCUCCUCCUCUUCCACAUCUUUACGCUCUGCGAGACAGACGUUGCUAUUUAGAAACGUGUCAUCUCGAGUAACACAUCCAGCUUUAACAUCGUAGAUCGGCUAUCGACAUUGCUCCAUUAGUUACGAUUGCUUGACGAGAUUAGUAUACUAAGCGCUACAUUCGGAUACUUUUUUUUUCUAUUAAUCGACAAAUUUCUCCACUCUAUGCCUGUCGUCGUAUCACUUAGAGAAAGAGAGAAGGCGACGGGGGGGGGAGGGAUAGGAAGAAGAGAUACUACGAUUUCGGUGGAUCAUGUCUUUUGGAUAUGCCUCGAAAGUUAGGUUCCGGUGAUUGUCUUUAACGAUGAUCUCCGCAAACUGUCGCGCUCGCACGCAUCGAACACCGCGUAGUCUUCGCGCUAAAAAAAAAAAGAAAGAAAAAAACAAAAAGAGAAGGGGAAGUGCCUUUUUAUCGUAACGCUCAACGCUGGUUUUUACCGUCAAAAUAGGUCACGUGAUCAAAGUUGUUGGACAGUGAAAAACACACGGGAAGGGUAUAACAAUGUCGAAUUUUGAAUAUUACAGUCCCGCACAUACUUUCUCCUUGAGAAUUGUAUCAUUCCGAAAUAAGUAUUAUACGCGAAAAGACUGCACAGAAAAAAUAAUAAAACACAUAAUGAGCAACAUGAAGCAUUUUAAUAUCUAAAUUAGUGGUUCACAUUACGCGACGCGAGGUAAUAUUAGACCUUCAGCCUUCAGGGUAAAUUUUCGUACGGAAAAAGGGCUCUAAAAGGCUCCCGGAGGUAAUUGAAGAAAGAUAACAUUAUCGGCUAUUUUUAGUCAUCCGAUAUAAAUAUCUGGAUAUUAGGGCAUAAUAAGUAUCAAUUUUUUAAUUUGCGGUUACCCCUCAAUGUUUUAUCGAUAUGUACACAGAUUCACAAUGGCUGUGUUCGUAUAUUCGCUGCCAGUACUGAAAAUAUUUGUGUUACGCAUAUUAUAUUGGGUCGUUCGAUAAGUUCGUAGGGGUUUUCUGCGAAGGGUUCGAGGCCGAUACUUUUUUAUAGUUGGGCAUAACUUUAUACAGUAAUGUAUCGAUCGUUUUUUUCGAGAACAGAAGGUCGUCGGAAAAAACGACAGAGAGAAAAUAAGACUAUCUAAUGGGGGUAUUGAUUUUGAGAGAUUUUUGUAAAACUCUCGACGGACUUGUCGAACAAUUCACAAUAGACUGACAAUGAAUAUAUAUGAAUACAGCCCAAUAAAACGUAUAAAAUAUUUCUUAAACAUGUAAAAUAAACUGCAUUUCUGCAGUUCAUCAUUUACGCUGAUUUGACGCAAAUUUACCAAGAAACUUGUCGACUGGAGGGAGGUUCUUAAACAGAGAAAUUUUCCUGUACAUCAAAUCCCGUAAGAGCCAAUGGCCUUUAAUAUUACCUCGUCGGUGCGUCACGCUAGAAGCUAAAUAAAAUCGAAUUUUUUCUUCUUUCACAGCUGAUCAGAUUAAGACCACGUGACCGCGUUUCGACACUGCAAUGAGCAUCUCACAAGUUGACACCUGGUAUUCAUAGUCAAAUUUUAUAUUUAACCCUCGCAAGAAAAAAUGAAAUAACGAAACAUGAACAGAAAGGAGUCGUGAGUGAUCCAAAUAUAUGAAUAUGCAUUCCGUUUGAUUGAAACUAAAGUUCAUUAAUCAUAUGGAACCAAUAAGCAAGAAUAUAAAAAAAAAAA